AUGAAAAGAGGAGUUUUAUGUGGUUUAGAAUUUAAUCCAGUAACAAAUACAUCUUUAUAUCCUGAUUAUGAUAUGGAUAUUGGAUUUGAUGUACAAAUAUCAACCGAAGCUCUUGUGAGGAUCAAUGAAAUUCGUAAACAAAUUAAUUUAGCAUUAUAUAGUGCAGAAUCAGCUGGAAAUAAAGAUUUAAUGCGAUCAGUUCGACGAACAACUACAACUAAAUUACAAAAGUUACUCGAAGCAAAACGACCACCAAAUCGAAAUAAUUAUUUUGGAACAUUUCAAUGGAAUAGAUUAAAUCCUGAUGAUCGUGUUCCACAAAUGACUGAAGAUGUUUCACCUGAUCAUUUAAAACUAUUUCCACUCCAUGAUGAUGUUAUAACAUGUACAGUUGAAAUUAAUGAUGAACAUCGUUUAAAAAUGAUCUAUCAUCUUAUUUGA